AACUAGCUAAGUCUUGCCGAUUCAUGAAUUUUAUUCCGAGAAUCGUUUCUGAGUCGACUCGGUUUCUCGGUGGUUCGGCCCUUAUUUUGUUGUUCAUAACGUUCGCCACCGUCAGAAAUUCUCAUUUUCUCAACCGGAAGCGUUCUCGUCAACCGUCGUUAUCGAUGUCGUCUUCUUCUUCCGCGAACGACGCGCGCAACCGCAUCCUCUCAAGCAAGCUCUACUUCGAUGUGCCUCCGUCCAAGGUUCCGCUUAUCUACUCCGAGUCUUACGAUAUAGCCUUUAUGGGAAUUGAAAAACUGCACCCUUUUGAUUCGUCUAAAUGGGGACGCAUUUGUCGAUUCCUCGUCUCCUUUGGUGUUCUAGAUAGAAAAUGUAUUGUUGAGCCUCUCGAAGCUUCCAACGAUGACCUUCUAGUGGUACACUCAGAAUCGUACUUGAAAAGCCUGAAGAAAAGUCCAAAUGUUGCUAUGAUAAUUGAGGUUCCUCCUGUGGCGUUACUUCCCAAUUUUAUUGUGCAACGUAAUGUUCUUUUCCCAUUCAGGAAGCAGGUUGGAGGAACUAUUUUGGCUGCAAAACUUGCAAAGGAGAGAGGAUGGGCCAUUAAUGUGGGAGGAGGCUUUCAUCACUGCUCUGCAGAAAAAGGAGGUGGAUUUUGUGUUUACGCAGAUAUUUCUCUCUGUGUCCACUUUGCUUUUGUUCGGUUGAAUAUAUCGAGGGUGAUGAUCAUUGAUCUUGAUGCCCAUCAAGGAAACGGUCAUGAAAUGGACUUUGGCGAUGACAGCCGAGUCUAUAUCCUGGAUAUGUACAACCCUGGAAUAUAUCCUUUGGAUUAUGAGGCGAGAAACUACAUAAAUCAGAAAGUUGAAGUAAAGAGUGGGACGCUUACAGAAGAGUACCUUCAAAAAUUAGAUGAAGCACUUGAGGUUGCUGGGCAUAGGUUUAACCCUGAGUUGGUAGUUUAUAAUGCUGGAACAGACAUCCUAGAAGGUGAUCCAUUAGGAAAGUUGAAGAUUAGUCCUGACGGGAUUGCCCUUAGAGAUGAGAAAGUUUUUCGGUUUGCUCGUGAGAGGAACAUUCCUAUUGUCAUGCUCACUUCAGGUGGUUACAUGAAGACAAGUGCUAGAGUCAUUGCAGAUUCUAUACUCAAUCUCUCGAAGAAAUGCUUGAUAGAAACGAAUGGAGGUCCAAAGGCUACAUAAGAGUGCUCCUGCACUUCCACAUUAUGAGAUUAUCCCGUGAUUUCAUGGUCCGUUGGAUUAUCCAAGGUACUUGAAGUAUCUGGGUUAUAAUGUUUCUAUAUCGGUGGAAACUUAUAUGUAUAGUAUUUGAUAAAAAGAAAAACAAAUAAAAUCAUACUUUAGAUGAAUAUGUGUUUUGCAUGUAUGAGUUGUACCAUGUCUGUAAAUACGAGUAUGUUAUACAUAAUGAGUUGUAAAUUAUGUAUUUGCGUGUAAAUUAAACAUAUAUUAUACAUA